GUGGGGCCGGCGAGGCACCGCGGGUGGUGCGCUGGCGAGAUGCUGGUGCAUGGAGUGGGGCGCACGAGCAUGGGGGGCGCAAGUGAGAGGGCGUGAGGGCGUCACGGCUGGGGCGAGAGAAACGGCGCAGCUGGCGCAAGGCAAGCGGAACAAGGCGGCGGGAAGUGAGAGGCAUGCCCGGCGUCUCUAGCACGUCUCUUCUGCCUCAUCCGCACGCGCACUGCUCACUCCACUCGCCAGGCCGCGCGCAACGGCCUCGUCUACGGCGCCAAGAUCCGCUUCCCGCACGCCCUGGUCAUGUCCAUCCUCUUCGGGCGCGGCUCGUAUGCCGACCGCAUGCGCUUCGUCCUCACGGCCACGCGCCAGCACGCGACGAAUCUCUGCAAGUUUGCCUCGCUCUACAAGGCCGUCACGAUUCUGCUGCGGCGGACGCGCGGAGGCAAGCCGAAGGGUGGGGAUGCGUUUCUGGCGGGCGUGGUGGGAGGAUAUGCAGUGUUUGGCGAGAGAAACGCGGUCAAUGAACAGAUCGUGCUCUACUGCGUCGCCCGCUGCGUCUCUGCCCUCCUGCCCCGGCAGCAAGUGGCUUCCAACUGGCCGUCCGACCGGCCCAUUCCGACCGAGAGCAAGACGUUCAGUGUAUUUGCGGCCGUCGUAUGGGGAAGUGUCAUGUGGCUGUUCGAUCAGCGACGACAGAAUCUGCAGGGUGGACUGGUCAACUCGAUGGACUAUCUUUACGUCAACGCGGAGAAGUGGCAGAAGUACGUGCUCUUCGCUCUAGACUGGAUGCCGAGCCUGCGAUCACAGUUCUGCAUGCUGACACCUCCCCUCGCCCCUCCUCUCUCGCUCUUCAGCCUGCGCACACUCAUUUGGCACAACAAGUAGACUUGCCCGGCCUGCUUUUCAGUCGCUUCGCCUCUCGCGGCGCUACCGCCUCUCCAU